ACUUCAUUUUGUGUAAUCAUUUCCCCAACGAUUUCCCAUCAAAAUUUUGUGAAAAAAUAAUUAUGAAAAAAUAAUAUUAAAUGGAGAAUGAAAAUAAAGAGAAAUGUCCCAAAAAUCAACCGCUCCAAUUACUACAGCUCAACGAUGCCAAGUUUAUUGCCUGUGAGCUGAGGAAUCGUGAUUUGGCCAAAUGCCGCAGUUGUCUCACAACCUUUUGCCAAAAACCCAUUGAAGUUUACCAUAAUUCCCGGAAUUAUUUGGCCUGCAGUGUCAAGAGGUCACUGUCCAAAAACUCCACAAGGUCAUUGCCAGCAAGUGCAAUUUCGGAGACAAACAAACUUAGCCAACUAGAGGAUAAUAAAUUAUUGUCUAUUGGCAAAACAUGUACUCCCAAGUGCAAAAACUCUUCAAAAAACAAGUUUGUUAAGUCCGAAUCUCCGAAUUUUCGACCCAAGGCAAUAAAGCAUUCUGUACUAAAAGAAACUAAUAAAUACAGAAAACUUCACGGCGCCAAUCCCCUUAAAAUGGAUAAAGAACUAUCUUUCUAUGCACAAGAGUGGGCCAAUCACCUGGCUUGUAAAAAUCUUCUGGAGACUCGACCUUUACCCCUUUAUGGCGAGAACAUAAUGUCUGUGCGCAGAUCACUUUUCAAUGUGGAUCGAAUAAUAAAACUCUGGUACCAGGAGAAGUACAAUUACGAUUAUUUGAAGCCAGGCUUUAAUCUAUACACUGGACAUUUUACCCAGAUGGUUUGGUGUGAUACAGAGUACCUGGGAGUUGGCGUAGCUACUAAUAUUUUUCGCAUUUGGAUUGUGUGCAAUUAUAAUCCACCUGGAAAUAUAAGCGGACAUUUCCGCGAGAACGUCUUGCCCAGGAAACUUAUUCUAAUCGAAUCGGAUUUGGAGGCAGAAUCUGAGGAAAUUUAAAAGAGCAAAAAGCGUGUAUAAAUUUAAAAAAAACUAUUAACACAUUUUGUCAUUGCUUAGCUAUUAUGUAAAUAAAAAA